AUCAAAUCAAACAAAAACAAAACAAAAAUUAAAGUAAACAUUUAAAAUAUUGCAAUUGCCGCCAAAUAUAAAAAUAACACAAAUAUAUGAAUUUUUACUUCCAUCUAUAAUUUUGUGAAUAAUGGAUUCAAAAAAUAUGAUUUAUGAAGAAUUCAUACACGUCAAUAAAGAAUUAUUGAGUUCAAAUUUAAAACCUGCCGAAAAAGUCGAUUCAAUUAAGAAGCAAACUUUCGUUCUUGAAGAGUUAACCAAAUCAUCAACCGAAGAAACUAAAAUCUCCUUACUCCGACAUCACUUCCAUAAAUUUUCACUAAAUAACGAUUUCUACUUUGCGAACAUUAAAAAUCACACUAAAGCAGUUGAUAAUUUGAUCUCUGGUCUGCCGCGCCAGCAAAGACGUAAAGAAAUAUUGUCAGAGUUAUCUCUUGAAAAGUGUCUUAAGGACAACAACAUUAAUUUAGAAAAUACAUGUUCAGGAAAAUAUGAAAGUUGCACUAAAAGUGAAGUUAGUGCAGAUGAUUUAAAACAUUUUCGAAAAGCAUUGGGAAAAGACUCGAGUAUUCUAGAGGUCAAAACCCCUCCCAGGAAGAUAAUUAAGUGUGAUAAGCCACGUGUUGACAAUCCGGGAAUAUCCUCGUACGCGACAGGUAGAUCAUUUGUUGCUAAACCAGUUCAAACAGCAACGGCAAACACAUCCGCGGAACAACCCAGUGUAUCAAAAACUCCUGGCUUUCGGACAGCAAGAGAAGAGUACAUCAUUCAAUCAAUGAAGAAAAAUGGUGAUAGUAGCAGUUCCAGUACCAGUUCCUCCAAUAAUCUCUUCAAUUACGGUGCAUCGAAAAAGUCUCUAGGAGCCAGAAGAAAUGUUCGUUCUGGUUUUGUACCCCCAGUACGCCAAGAAGACAAUGAAUCACCCCGAAGUACACCACCUGAUGGGGUUGAUGCGGCAAACACCGAACCUACAGAUGAACGUCUUCGAAACAUUGACCCAAAGAUGAUUGAACUUAUAUCAAAUGAAAUUAUGCACAAGUUCAAGCCCAUUGAUUGGAACGAUAUAGCUGGCCUAGAUUACGCCAAAUCGACAAUUAAAGAAGCUGUAGUAUGGCCCAUGCUAAGACCAGAUAUAUUCACAGGAUUGAGGCGUCCACCGCGGGGUAUCCUUCUCUUUGGUCCGCCAGGCACGGGUAAAACUCUGAUUGGCAAAUGCAUAGCAUCACAGUCGCGCUCCACAUUCUUUAGCAUAAGUGCGUCUUCUCUUACUUCAAAAUGGAUUGGAGAUGGAGAAAAAAUGGUUAGAGCGCUGUUUGCUGUUGCUUCAGUUAACCAACCUGCGGUUGUAUUUAUUGAUGAAAUCGACUCGCUACUAUCUCAACGCUCAGAAACCGAACACGAAAGCUCCCGCAGGCUAAAAACGGAAUUCCUUGUUCAGCUAGACGGUGCUAGCACAUCAGACGAAGAUCGAAUUCUAAUUGUUGGUGCCACAAAUCGCCCACAAGAACUUGACGAAGCCGCUAGACGUCGCUUGGUGCGACGACUGUACAUUCCGUUGCCUGAAUCCACUGCUCGGGUACAAAUCCUAUCGAAUCUUCUGAAAACAGUUCGCAAUAGCAUGACAAAAGAAGAAAUCAUAGAAGUUGGUAAUUUAACUGGUGGUUAUUCGGGAGCUGACAUGGAGACGUUAUGUCGUGAAGCUUCAAUGGAACCAAUUCGUUCAAUACCCCCCGAUGAAAUACCAUCCUUUAGCGAAGAAAAUGUCCGCCCUGUGACGUUGAAUGAUUUCCGGUUGGCAUUGCAAAGAGUUCGAGCGAGUGUAUCGGAGAAGGAUCUACAACAAUAUGUCGAAUGGAAUCAGAUUUACGGAGCAGGAAAAUAGAAUAACGAUUUGAAAAGCUGCAGUUUUGUAUUUUAUAAAUACUUAAAUUUAUAAUUGUUUGUUCUAUUAAAUGUAUACAACAAUAAUUCUACUA